GUCAUUACCUUUCUCGUCUCUGUCUCUUCGUCGCCAUUAGCUUAAAGAGAAUCCAUCGUCAUCAUCAUCCACCUCAACUACUCCAUCCCCAAGAAGAAGUAGAUUCCCGCGGAGCUCUUUCUUCUUCGAGGUCUCCCAAGCUCUCUCUCACCUACCUAACUGCCAUGGCUACUAACAACAACCAUAACCUCUCGGAUCAACAACCUCCUUCCGACGAUUUCUUCGAGCAGAUCCUCGGAAUCUCCAACUUCUCCGCGUCUUCCAGCUCCGGUGGUCUCUCUGCACUCCCCGGAGGGUUAAGCGGACCGCCGCCGAUGAUGCUUCAGCUCGGUUCCGGGGAAGAAGGGAGUCAUAAUAACCAUAUGGGUGGUGGUGGUGGUGGUGGGCCUCUAGGGUUUCACAACGGGAUGUUUCCGUUGGGGUUGAGUCUCGAUCAAGGGAAAGGAGGAGGACAAGGCUUUCUUAAACCCGAUGGAAGUGGUGGGAAACGUUUCCAAGAUGAUGUUGUUGGUGUUGAUAAUCGAUGUUCCUCCAUCAAACCUGUUUUCCAUGGGCAGCCAAUGUCACAGCCACCUCCACCAAUGCCGCAUCAACAAUCUUCAAUCCGGCCUAGAGUUAGGGCUAGGCGAGGUCAGGCCACUGAUCCUCAUAGCAUCGCUGAGCGGCUGCGUAGGGAAAGAAUAGCAGAACGGAUCAGGGCGUUGCAGGAACUUGUACCUACCGUCAACAAGACUGAUAGGGCUGCUAUGAUCGAUGAGAUUGUCGAUUAUGUGAAGUUUCUCAGGCUCCAAGUUAAGGUCUUGAGCAUGAGUCGUCUUGGUGGGGCCGGUGCUGUUGCUCCACUAGUCACUGAAAUGCCAUUGUCUUCAUCAGUUGAGGAUGAGACACAAGCAGUGUGGGAGAAAUGGUCAGACGAUGGGACAGAGCGUCAAGUGGCUAAGCUGAUGGAAGAAAACGUUGGAGCAGCGAUGCAGCUUUUGCAGUCAAAGGCGCUUUGCAUAAUGCCAGUCUCAUUGGCGAUGGCGAUUUACCAUUCUCAGCCACCUGACACGUCUUCUUCAGUCGUGAAACCGGAGAUGAAUCCUCCUCAGUAGAUCUUUGCAUCUAAUUGGUCGUCGUCAGCUUCUUUGUUCCUUUUCCCUCCCCCACUACUACUACCACUUUUGUGACUGAUGAAUUCGAGAUGGAAUCAAAUUAGGAUUUGUGCAGUAAGAGGUAAAAAAAAAAGGAAAAGGGCUCUCACUUGUUUGGCCAAAUAUUUUUAUCAUUCUGAUGAAAGUAACUUUGUUUUGGCUGAAAGUAACUUUAAUGAGAGUUCGGAGAAGAAAGGCUUUUAAGGGUAGUAGUCUAGCUCCAGACCUAGUAGUGUAAUGUUUGUAAUGAAAUGUAUGGGAAGGUAACAUCUAUAUUCAGCCUAGCCAAAAAAAAUAUUCUUGCUUUUUUUUC